CCGGAAGCUGAAAGUGAGUGUUUCCGGUACGCGUGGCCGCUUCUGUGACAGCUGCUGCUGCUCGAGACAGAGAAGAUGAUUUCCCUCAGCGACUCGCAGAAAAUUGGAAUGGGGCUGACAGGAUUUGGGGUAUUUUUCCUGUUCUUUGGGAUGAUCCUGUUUUUUGAUAAAGCUCUACUUGCCAUAGGAAAUAUCUUGUUCGUUGUGGGUCUGGCGUUCGUCAUCGGGCUGGAAAGGACCUUCAGGUUCUUCUUUCAGAAGCACAAAAUGAAAGCCACCAGCUUCUUCCUAGGAGGCGUUUUCGUGGUGCUGAUCGGAUGGCCCAUCGUCGGAGUCGUCCUAGAGUUUUAUGGCUUUUUUCUUUUAUUUAGGGGUUUUUUCCCAGUGGUGGUGGGCUUCAUCAGGAGGAUUCCUGUGUUGGGCUAUUUGCUCAAUCUUCCCUUCAUUAGCGGGCUGUCCUAAGGCUGAGCGGAAAGCUGGUCAUUUUGUACGUGGACAAAAUGAGCGAAAGCAACAACAUGGUUUAACAGACUCUUUUCUUACUGCUUAUUUAUGAUGGAUUUCCUAAAGCUUUACUAAAAUCAGCCAUAUGAAGCUUUUGUUCGGUCGUUUCUCCGUCACGAGGAUGUCUUGACUGAUAUUUACGUCAGCGAGGAAAACAAGCCAAAAACUAACCGCGUCCCUCAAGAGUUUUUCCCAGCGCACACCUUCUGAAGACGUUUGCGGCUGGCUCUUGAGGAACGCUCUGUCGAAUGCGUGGAAGAGACUUCUGGAAGUCUGCUCUCUGUUACAGAACUGGCCUCGUCAGGCUUGUGUUUUAAGCUGGAGGUCAACUACAUCUUUUUUUUUCCCACCACACUUGCUGAAACUGCAAAGGUGAUAGUUACACUUUCUUUUGUAAGAUUAAACAUGACUAAUUAUCAGGCUGGCAUACAGAGAUGUUAUUAUUGUUAUUAUUAAUUUUAUUAAUAAGGUAGUGUUAUUAUUAUAUAUUCUUUCUCUGUCGUUAAAUGUUUAUGUCCAACCUUUGUCACUGUAAAAAUCUCUCAGCUGGGAUUUGAAACUGAUUGAGCUGCCACAAAGUUUUGUAAAUAUAUAUUUAAAAAAAUAUUGUUAUCAUCAUUA